UUGUACCACUACGGGAAGAGUUUGUUCGCAAUUUGUCACCAUACAGGAUCGCUCCAGUUGGCGGACAUUUGCUGGUGGAUCAUUUCCAAAGUGCCGGAGAACCGUUUGCAGAAACGCUACAGUUGUGCAAGUGGCCAAGUGUUCGGUGAAGUGUCGGAACUGCUAUCGGAAGCAAUUGGUGGAAAUCAAACAUGGCCAGCCAACAGAUUGCGGCACUAAAAGCAGUCACGUGUAUCGUGCUGUUGCUCGCGAUAGUGUGCAGUUUGGUCGCAGGCUCCGCCAUGCCGCCAUUGUGUGAGAAUAGACUGAUCGAAGAGCUGCCGCCCAAGUUCCGGAAGGUGUGCGCCGCACUAGAGAACUCGAACCAGUUCGCGGAAGCGCUGAACGCGUACAUACGGAAGGAGGCAGCUGGUAAUGCUUUUCUCUACCUAGAUGACGACAUGCUGGUACCGGGACAGAACGGCAAGCGGACGGAUGUGGAUCACGUGUUCUUGAGGUUCGGCAGAAGACGCUAAACGCCAUCCGCGCGAGUGUGUCCUAGGGCUGCCCCUUGCAUCCGAGCUAACCAAUCCCGAGCGUCCUUGGAGAUCCUUGGCAUGGCAUGACCCAGACACACGCACAAGCGAACAGUCCGUUCCGUUUGAUCGUUUAGUAUCGUGUACAUUGAAUAAGCCUAUUGAGAAUUCAUGGAAAUCUUAUCCGUGCAGUCGGGGCAUGACUUCUCGGGAGUCAUGCAAAGAUUGGUUUUAUGUUUCGUAUUCGUAGUUUGCACAAUUCGAACUGAACUCUCCAUUCCCAGACACUGGUGCGGUCACUAUGUAAUAUAAGCAGUAUUAGAAAACAACACACACACAGUCCGUUAGUGCUGCGCUGCGAAACGAAGGUGGUUUUAUGCAAUCUUAUUGUGGUGUACUGCAAGCAGGAAACCAUGGCAAGCAUUCCAUAACUGAAAACUUAAAAAAAAUCAAUUGCUGUUAUGUGUAACAUGAACGGAAAAUAAAUUUGAAAUAUUUUAUGAAACAAUGUAGAAA